CGCCAAUCCUUCCGCGCGAACAGCCGUGAACCAUGAGCACGAUCCCGGUGUACGGCAGCGUCAAAGAUGUAUACGCCGAUCAACGCGUAGCCGAGGAGGAGGGGCGCUACGCGAAGCUCGUCGCCUCCUUCGCGGAGCUGCACGGCGCGAAACCCGACUUGCUCGCGCGCUCCCCCGGCCGCGUCAACCUCAUCGGCGAGCACAUCGACUACGAAGGGUACAGCGUGCUGCCCAUGGCCCUCGCGGUCGACACCAUCGUCGCAGUGAAGGUAGACACGACCUCGAACAAGCUGACCGUGUCGAACACGGAGGAAAAGUACACGACGAAGGUCUUCGACGCGGAUUGCGACCAAGCGGUGGACGUUGCGAGCUUUCACUGGACGAACUACGUCGUGUGCGGGUACAAGGGCGUGUUCGACUUCCUUAAAGAAUCCGGACGGGCGAAACCUCCGGAAGUAGGCCUUAAGAUAAUCGUGGACGGUAAGGUUCCUACCGGGAGCGGUUUGAGCAGUUCGUCCGCGCUGACGUGCGCAGCCGCGGUCGCGGUCAUGGCUGCGCUCAACCUCGACUUCACGAAGACGGAAGUCGCGGACUUCGCGUGCAAGUGCGAACGGCACUGCGGGAUGCAAUCCGGAGGGAUGGACCAGGCGAUCAGCAUCAUGGGACAGUCAGGGGUGGCAAAGCUCGUGGAUUUCAAUCCCGUGCGUGCGACCGACGUGCAGCUCCCUGAAGGCUCCGUGUUUCUCAUCGGUAACUGUCUCGCAGUGAGCAACAAAGCGGUGACCGCGCACGAGCGGUAUAACUUAAGGGUGAUGGAGUGCAGGCUCGCGUCUAUCGUCCUCGCGAUGGAGCUGGGGGCCUCUCAAGCUGAUGCUCUUGGGUAUUCCACCCUCAUGCAAACACAGAAGCUGAUAGGAAGCUUGCAGGAAUCCGAAAAAGCCGCGAGCGAGAAGCUUCACGACGGAUACUAUUCGCGAGGCGAGCUCGAAGAAAAGCUAGGCACGUCGCUUGACUCGCUCUUCGCGGGGUCCCCCGCGUCGUUAUUAGUGCUCGAGCACAACAAGACUGGGUUUAAGCUCAGAGAUCGUUCCAUGCACGUUUACUCGGAAGCCGCGCGCGUGCACCAGUUUUCGAACGAGUGCAAGGAGGACCCUUCUUUGAAGGCGUUGGGUGAGUUGAUGAACGCGAGUCACACUUCUUGCCGCGAUUUGUACGAGUGUUCGUGUGAAGAGCUCGACGAGUUAGUGGACGCGUUCAUUACGAGCGGGGCUAUCGGCGCUCGAUUAACCGGGGCGGGAUGGGGGGGCUGCGCCGUCGCACUCGUAACGGCUGACAUGGCGGAGAAAGUGCUGGAGAGCGUCAAGACGCGGUUCUUCGAUAAACGGAUCGCCAGUGGGGUGCUGCGCGAGGAAGACCUCGGGGAGACGUUGUUCGCGUCGCUUCCUUCGAGCGGGGCCGCGAUCUUGAGAGGACUUUAACUACAUUUAGCAUCGCAUCGUCGUUUAUAAUAAUACGAUGAUACGUAGAUUAAU